AUGGCUAAACAAGCUGAAGCGACACCAGCCCUGGUCCUGGGCGUUUUUCUUAACUCUGGCUUGGAAACAGAAAAGGCUUUGAGGCAUGUCACUCUCCACGAGGCUUUGGACGACAAGGCCCUGGCCGAUAUCCGGUCGCUCCUCUGUAAAGGUGGUCAGUUAACAGCCGAGCAGGCUAGAUAUCCGUUCUGUAGCAAGGAUGGAGGCUCUGUGCCUGAAAGCAUGAAAUUUUCAGUCUACUCCAGUAUGCUCGCAGAAUCCGGAGAGAUUCGCAAAAAGUCCGGAGAGAAGGAGGAAAAGGACUCGGGGAAAACUGUUGAAAAUCCCAAGGUCAUUCUUAAGAAGGAGACAAUCUGGACCGACCUAGAUGAAAGGACUCAGCAGUUUCUCGGAGACAAGUCGAAUUUAGAUUACAGAGAGAACAGAGCUGCCCUACUCGAUGACCCUUUAACAAAGCUUAAGUCAUCAUAUGAUCACAAGAACUAUGCUGCAGCAGUUAGUAAAGCGACGACGGUCCACCCUGCAGAUAUGACAGAACAAAAUUGGAAUGUUGUCAUGCGCACCAACAACGUACUCAGUGGCCAAUCAAUCACCGUUAAUAAGUUUAGCUCGAAAGCCCCGGAGAUUACCAGCGUUGAGAGAGGAGUGUAUACUGCAUUUCAACUCAAAUCGCGUGAGUUUGAACCGUACCAAAUCUCCUCUACUACCCCUGAAAAGAUCGGCGAUAAGCAAUCCCUUAAGAUCCCACGCUUUCGGGUCGUUGAUGGUUCGUCGGUAAGCGUCUAUGAAACCAAGACGUCACUUGCCUCUGCACUCGCAAAAAGUUCAUUCUCAGAAACUGUGGUAGAGGCCUCUGCUGGAGGGGGAUUCUGUGGGGUAUCUGUUGCUGCCAAAGUUGGAGCUUCUAACACUGAAGAAAAUUCAGAGACCGGCAAGUCAAGUGCUGCCAAGGAAGCCAUGCAUAUAUCCUAUAAUUUUCCUCGGAUUGUGCUUCACCUGGAAAGUGAAAAUCUAGAGUUAUCAGAUGAGUGCAACGAAGCUCUGCAGAAGGUGAAGACUCAGGAUGAUGUUCUUAAUUUCUAUCAACAGUUCGGCACUUUCUUCGCCCGGAGAGUUGAGCUGGGAGGACGCCUUCAUUCAGAGCAAGAGAGCUCCGAGUUCGGUGAAUCUACUGUAUCACAAAGAUCCCACUCAAUGAAAGUUGCCGCAAGUGUGUCUAUCUCGUCCUCAUUUGCUCAGGCAUCAGCCAGUGCGAGCCAUGAGAAUCAGUCCAAUUCGAAAGACAGCAAUGAGAAGAGCAGCCUACAAAGUUCAAUCACCUGGGAAGCCCAAGGAGGCGACACUCUACUUUGCAAUAACCCAGCUGCUUGGUGUCCCACUGUUGCCUCGUUCUAUAACUGGCGAGUUAUGAAGCAAGAUGACAUUUGUUCUAUUGUCGACGUUAUAGGGAUGAUUAAGGGCUAUAGUUGGGUACCCCGAAAAUUUGCAGAGGCUUCCAGGCAUCAGAAGCGUCUUCAAUUCAGAAUGAACGCCAAGGCACCAGACAAUCCCGAGAAAACAACCGAAUCCAAGGUUCACGGUUGUUUCGGUCUUUCGAUGGUAGGCCCUCGAGACGCUAUCGAGGUGGCAUAUUCCAAAUCCACCCCCGCACAGCGGCAGAAAGGGCGUACGAUAAAUCAUAUUUUAGAGUCCAAUCCUCUUUGUCGUAUGCAGUCAGCGUCGGAAGAGGGUUCCUACUUCGAAGUUCGUGAUGCGGACUUUGGGGAGAUUGAGGAGUCGCACCUCGUGUAUGGAAAGCAUUAUCGAUUCUACAACCCCUAUUUCAAAUGCUGGCUUGCAGUCACAGACGAGCUCAAACCUCAUACAUGGGAACGAUUUCUCUAUGGCGGCGAUAUCGCAGACGCAGGUCUAUUUUACCUUUGCACGCCUGGUAAAGGUAAAUUAACAGGGGCGAUCCAGGACAAUGAAUGCGUCGAGUUAUGUAUGUUAAACGAGAACAAAGUGGAGCAGGGUAUGGCUAUUUUGUUGGACCCCCGAAAGUGGGUAGGGUAUAUUGGUAUCCUUCCCUACUCUGAUGCCCUGUAUAACUGGAUUGUUUACACCCAGGUGGAGUAUGGGCCUUAG